CUUCGCCUCCUUCACAUCCUCUUGCUUAUUCAAUACAUCCCAAUGAAGCUCUCACACUUGACUGGCUGACUUACAGACAGUCUGAUUGAGUCUCAUAUCCUACCAGAACCCUGAACCCUUGACCCCUUGAGAAAGCGCAGCAGCCAGCGGACCGUCCCGCAACUCUCUCUUCCUAAAAACAGCCAAAGCAACCCGAGCCGAGACGCGAGUACACGAGACACGACCUCAAGCCGAAUCUGGCUUGCCAACGGUUGUACCACAACGGCGGUGUGUGUGCGCGCGCGUGUGUGCGUGUCCUAACUGAAGCUCCUCAAUAUCACCGCCGUAACUUGGCUACACCGAACGAAGGCCGGAACCUGGGACGCUUUCUGUACUUCACGACUCUUUGCUAGCCUCUGCGCGGUGGAUGUAAUUCGUGGACCGCGUCACAAACUCAUCCGGUUCCCGUCAUUGGACGACGACAUCCCGUGUGUUUUGCUACAUCCGCUCCCUAAGGAAACGAAACACCGCCCACCCCAUCCGCCACCACCCCUUCUUCCCUCCCUCGCUCCAGUGUUCACCAGGAAGUCGAGGCUGAAGCUAUAGCCGUCCCGGAUCAGACGCCAAGACACGGCCUGUCCUUCGUUACUUCGGAACUUGGUUCACGUGCGGCACCUGGAGUUUAAACCUGUUUUUCUUCUUCAUUUCGAACACGAGGUGCUACCUAAAGGAGAAAGAAUCAACCUCGCCUCUGGUUGUUUUCCUCUGUUUGAACACACCUUUGCAGCGUUCUCGCCAUUCAUUCCGUACCCAUACCCGCACCCGUCCGCAGAUAUGGAUGUCUCAAGCCUGGAGAGCAUCAUACGAGGCUAUGGUAUCGCCAUCGACAGACGCACCCUGCAGGCAGCCCUCGACGAUCCUGAGCACGGCACCGCAUUCGCCGAAUGGGCCCGCCUUCAUCUCGGUCCUGAUAACCUCUUAUCCAGAGACGAGCUGGCCCUCUAUGCAAGCCUCGACAAGUCCGGCCAAGUGGACAAGCUGGUCGCGUCGCAAGACUUGGCCGCCGUCCAAGCUCUCAGCGAGCGCGAGAUUCAGACCGCCAUUGACGAGCUCAACCGGUCCACAGCCGCGAUUGUAAAGCAAACCGAGACUCUGAAGCAGCAGCAGGAUGCGCUGGCGAAGCUGGUCAAGACCAACGCCAAGGUCGAAGAGGAUCGCUCCGAUCUUGUCUUCCAGCGGAAUCAAAAACACGAUUCUGAUCGUAAGAAGAUGAUGACGUCGGUUGAAGAGUUGUCUCAAACCCUUGAAUACAGAGCAUCAGACAUUGAGCAGCAGUCCAAGGUCUCUGGAAAUGGUCUGCAACAGACGCUGGACAGCUUGUUGCAUUCCGAUGACAAGCUCUUGCUCAGCUUGCGCAAGCUAGGCCUCGAACUCGAGACGGAAGACCCCGAGGACCGCGAAAACGUCGAAAAGCUUCGGGAGAUCUGCAUGAGAUUGAUCAAGUACACAGUUGAAACGGUGCGCACAAAGCUGGACCGCCUCUACCUUGAGGCGCUAAGCUCCGCCCACCAUAACGGCGUGACCUCGCACCCGUCGGACGAUGUCAAAACCUCGCAGGAGGAGCUCGAGUCCCUCUACACCGAGAUCCUUCCUGUGGCCCAGAUGUCGGUCGAGCAACAAUACCUCGAACCCGCUCUCAAGUCGCUGUCCAGCAAGAACGGACAAUCUCUUCAUCGCUCGGCUGCAGCUGUUGUUUACAUUGACGAGUGCCUGGAUUAUCUCCUCGACCACAUCGAGCGGCUUUCGGCCCGCAUCGAGGCGUUCCAGUCACACCAGACGGCUACAACAAACCUCCUCGCUACCGCCCGCGCGGAGCUCGCCGCCCAAGCCUCAACCCCCAAGAAGACGCCUGCCCAGGACCUCGUCUCCCCCGUCCGCCGCCGUAACACCGGGCCCGGAUCCCCCUCUCGCAACCGCUCCAACACGGCCCACCGCCGCCGCUCCUCCGGCCUGGAUGAGCCGCCCCUUGAGACCCUCUUCCGUACCCUCGCCGUUGCGUUCCCCGAGGACGCCAUGGAUGGCGCCCGUCAGACGGCGGCGCUCUCGACGACCCUCGCCGAACGACAAGCCAAGGCGCGCGACGUGGCGCGCAACACGCAGGAAGCGCUCGAGGGCGCCGCCGCGUCUCGACUCGCAGACGCCAAGCUGGCAGUGCAGCUGCUACGGGACAGCUUGCUGGCCGAGAGCCCCUUUGGGGACGUGCGGCUCGUGGACGAGGGGAUCGAGGCUUCCAUCGCCGUGCUGGGGCAGGAGGUCGAGAAGGUCAAGGAGAGGAUCGAGAGGGUCGAUGCUGGCAAGGCGAGACAGAGGAGUGAGAGGAGGAGGGAGAUUCUCGAGCGAUGGGGCCGGUGAUUGGGGUCGCUGCCGGGGCUGCUUAGGCGCAUUAACUUACUCCAUCUGCAUCAUCUCGGAAUAGAAAUUCCCAGUGGUCCACAAAGCUCCCGAGCGAAGAAUGUCUCCGGUUCUGUCACAUAAGCAUCCGAAAUCGGUCGUCCCUCGAACCCAUCUUCAUCUCAUCCCACAACCAAGAACCCGUUCCCUCGUUACGUGAUGGAUUCUCCACGGAGUCGUGUAUUUCAAAGCCAGUUCGAACGCUGGCUGCUCUUGCCCGUACCUCACACAGCGUUACCCCUCAAAUGUCUUCCCUCAUAGACUUGUUUUUAUAAAUAUAAUGCCAUUUGGCUCCACGCCAAUGUUGGAGGUGCCAAGCUCCGUAUGGCAUGGUUUUAGUGAAGUAUGAUUCCGGGGGGAAUUGAGGAACUACGGGGAUCGAGCUGGAGACGCAAAUAAAGUUUCCCCGUUAGUUGCGGGGUGGGUGGGUUAGGCACUCUCCCCUCUGAUCAGCGGCGGCAGUUGGAAGCGCCUUUUGUCUUGGCACGUUGUGAUCCGUCGUUCUCGUUUCUGGGGGAAUGGCGGCUUCUUGUGGCUGUUAUGAUGGGCGUCACGAACAGGUCGACGUUCCUCACAGUAACGGCACAUUUCGAACAAAGACUGUUUCCGGAGGUUCGAUAAUGUCAGAAAGCUUGCAACACACCGGUUUUGAUAUUCUGUGGCAGCAAGGUCUUGCAGGUUAGGCGGGAUUGGUAUGGGAAACAUAAUACAGGGGUCAGCAAUAGUCAUGGCACAGAAUGUGUACUUGUAGUGAU